GGCUAAUAAGUAUCGGAUAUUACAUACACAAAAUUAAAGUAUAUGCUAUCAUUAUUACUUUAUUAUAGAUUUAAAUAUCAAAUUAUCGCAAGAAAACGUGAUAGCUUGGUGAGAGGACUUCAGCAGAUUGUGUCCAGAAAUGAUUUUGACCUCAUUGAAAGUCAUUGUGUAAUUCGGAUUCUGCGUAAACUACAUGUUGCAUGGAUUUCGUACUACUGAUUUCUCAUGCAUUAAUCUCGCCAUGAUUAACUAUUAAUUCAUAUGCUCCCUCGCGUGAGUAAUGAAAUUAAUGCAACAAAUCACAGUGAGGGUCUUCAUUUUAGUUUGCCUAACGGUUGCCGCCGAUGCGCGUUCCCACACCCCUCCCCUAAACGGUGGGCAUCGGUGACGCGCGUCUGGGGUUCAUGUUUAUGUCUGUCAGGUUUCCGAUUGGGCGCCGUGUGGAUGUGUGAUGAGCAUCCGCGCGCCGUGGGCGGGAACAGUCAUGUUUAUAAACGACAGUACUCGCGCCGUGGGCGGGAAGACUGGAUUGAGAACGUAGUGAUUCGAGAGCGAGAGGACGCGUGGCAGCGGCGGGCGGCGGGCGGCUGUGGCAGACCGGAGCUUGUGGAGGAGGCGCGGCUUCCACUGCCCCUCCACCGAAGCAGCUGUAUGGACGACCACCUCAGCCUCCUCCACUCGCCUCCGCCUUCCUCGAGCAAGCACCGGGGCAACAACCUCGUGAACCACGGCUACACCGAAAACGAGCAAGACAUCAUGACAAUUGUUGCUUGCGACAACAUGCUGGAGGAGUCGGCGGCGCUGCCCGGGCACCACUCUCUGGAGCAAUACGAGCCAGACCACGAGUGCUGCGAGAGAGUUGUCAUCAAUAUUUCGGGCUUGCGCUUCGAGACACAGCUCAAAACCCUGUCCCAGUUCCCCGAGACUUUACUUGGCGACCCCAAAAAGAGAAUGCGCUACUUUGACCCACUUAGAAACGAGUAUUUCUUAGACAGAAAUCGGCCGAGCUUCGAUGCCAUCUUGUAUUAUUACCAAUCCGGAGGGCGCAUACGGAGACCCGUGAACGUUCCCAUAGACAUUUUCUCCGAGGAGAUACGCUUCUACGAGCUCGGGGAGGAGGCCAUGGAGAAAUUUCGAGAGGAUGAGGGCUUUAUAAAGGAUGAGGUGCGUCCGUUGCCCUCUAAUGAGUUUCAGCGACAGGUGUGGCUGCUGUUUGAGUACCCGGAGAGCUCGGGUCCGGCCAGGGGCAUCGCGAUCGUCUCGGUGCUGGUCAUUUUGAUAUCCAUUGUUAUCUUUUGUCUGGAAACGUUACCCGAGUUCCGGGACGACAGGCACCCGACGACGGUCGCCCCACUUCUGAACGUAACCAACCCUUACCUCACGAGUCCCUUCACUGACCCGUUCUUUGUCAUCGAGACUGUGUGCAUCAUCUGGUUCUCCUUUGAACUGCUCGUGCGUUUCUUCGCGUGCCCCAGCAAAGCCACGUUCUCCAAGAACAUCAUGAACAUCAUUGACAUCGUGGCCAUCAUACCCUAUUUCAUCACUUUGGGGACCGAGCUCGCGGAAAGGCAAGGCAACGGCCAGCAGGCGAUGUCCUUGGCCAUUCUCCGGGUCAUCAGACUGGUGCGCGUGUUUCGGAUUUUCAAACUCUCGCGGCACUCGAAAGGGCUCCAGAUUCUGGGGCAAACACUCAAAGCCAGCAUGCGAGAGCUGGGCUUGCUGAUCUUCUUUCUCUUCAUCGGGGUCAUCUUAUUCUCGAGCGCUGUGUACUUCGCCGAGGCGGAUGAUCCCGACUCGGGCUUCAGCAGCAUCCCUGAUGCGUUCUGGUGGGCGGUGGUUACCAUGACGACCGUGGGGUACGGCGACAUGCACCCGGUCACCAUAGGGGGCAAAAUCGUCGGCUCCCUGUGUGCGAUCGCGGGCGUGUUAACCAUCGCUUUGCCAGUGCCAGUCAUCGUGUCCAACUUCAACUACUUCUACCACCGAGAGACUGAGGGCGAGGAGCAGGCGCAGUACCUCCACGUCGGCAGCUGCCAGCCUCUGUCCUCCUCCGAGGAGCUGAAGAAGACCCGGAGCACGUCCUCGCUCAGCAAGUCGGAGUACAUGGUCAUCGAGGAGGGAGCCUUCAAGCAGCCCAACUUCCACGCUCAGAACAACCAGAACUGCGUGAACAUUAAAACGAUGUUCACCGACGUGUAGGCUUCUAGAUGCGUGCCAGUGCGAGUCUGCGUGAUGAUGGCACGCUGUAGGUUCGUGUCAUGACAGUCAAGUGCUGCUGAGUGUGUCAUUUCCACGACGCAGAGGAAAUGUUACAUGUCUAACGCGCCCUCAUGCAGUGUUCAUCACCUGUUUGACUGAACCAUUUUACUGUGAGGAGGAAGCCGCUAUCGGCUUUCAGACCGUUUGCUGUCUUUAGGGUACGUUCAUUCAUGUCAGGCAAUAUGUGACAUCAGUGUGGCAAGCCGCUUUAACAUUUAUUCCUUACAACUAAUUAGCAUCUGUUUUUAUUUUACU